AUGCAGCAGCACCUGAUGCAGAUGCAGCCCAUGAUGGCAGCCUAUUAUCCCAACAACGUCACUACAGAUCACAUUCAACAGUACUUGGACGAGAACAAGUCAUUGAUUCUGAAGAUCGUUGAGAGCCAGAAUACAGGGAAAUUGAGUGAAUGCGCAGAGAACCAAGCAAAGCUACAGAGAAAUCUGAUGUACCUGGCUGCCAUUGCUGAUUCUCAACCCCAACCUCCUACCAUGCAUCCUCAGUACCCUUCCACUGGCAUUAUGCAACCAGGAGCACAUUACAUGCAGCAACAAGCAGCUCAACAGAUGACACCACAAUCGCUCAUGGCUGCACGCUCUUCUAUGUUGUACUCCCAGCAGCCAUUUUCAGCUCUGCAACAACAAGCCCUGCACAGCCAACUUGCCAUGAGCGCAGGAGGAAGCACAGGACUUCACAUGCUCCAGAGUGAGGCAAAUAAUGCUGGAGGCAGUGGUCAAUUUGGGGCUGGAGGGUUUGCUGAUUAUGGACGCAGCUCCCCUGCAGAAGGCCUGCAUAGGAGGAUGGCCAGUGGGAGUAAGCAAGAUAUGGGGGGUGUUGGGAGCUCUGGAGCCCAUGGCGGAGAUGGUGGGGAGACUCUUUACCUGAAAUCUACUGAUGAUGGGAAUUAA